CCACCGAUUUCCGAGAACGGAGCUCUUCCUCGCCGAUCGCUCGUACACAACCGGUGUUUGAAAUCACUCGCCAGCCAUCUUUGACGGGGCCACAAUGAAGCUACUCAGCAUCGUACUUUUUGCUGGGCUUGUCGCACUCUGCUCAUGCUGGCCUCACCGGAGCUCCGGCUCUGCGGAUCAUCCCGAACGGGUCGAAGCACGUUGGGCGAGACAGCCCGAACGACAUGGAGCGACCGGACGGGUCGAAGCACGUUGGGCGAGACAGCCCGAACGACAUGCAGGAGCAGCUGAAAAUCACUGGCAGAACGAAAAUGGUCGCGGAUAUGAAGACUAUGUUCAAGGUCGCGGAUAUGAAGACUAUGUUCAAGGUCGCGGACAUGAAGACUAUGUUCAAGGGUGAAUGAAAGGCAUGGUUCUUGGACGUUGAAGAAAGGACUCUACGGUUGCAUCAUCAUGGAGGAUCGCUUCUGGCCAUGUUUUGAACCCCUCAUCACAUAACACGUCAAUCGUAACCGUAUUUGCUUGAAUGAAUAAAAAUACGUAAAUAUGAA